AUGACUACUCGCCUAGCAGCAAUCCUUUGGUGGCAAGCUGGUCCCUCCACCGCGAUAUGUCAAGAUCCAGAAAGACAUCGGCCGACUCUGAAGGCUGUGAUUACCGGUUGCUUUGUCCCCGUUCUCUGUCGUUACACGCCCCCAAACGAAGCUUCGCGUAUGAAACAAUACACUUCGGCUACAGGAUUUUUAUCACCUUCGGCUUAUGAGCCCGCUUCAUCAUCUAUCACUAUCGCUGUCGCAUAUAAAGUCCUCGAUCGUCGCGAUUACUUCUCAACAAAGGCACGCACAUCGAAAUUCACGACUGGCGCCUUCUAUCUCACCUCCUUAGAACAAACUUGUAUUCAAGCACCUAGCGGAAAAGUUCAAGUUCACCACUACCAAGCCCCAACAUUCAAUCGCUUCGCCGAGAAGAUCGUUGGUGUUCUUUCACUCCUCCCUUCCUUCAUAUUGUUUCCCUUCAUAUCACCUUUCGAGCUCUGUUGUCCCGUCGCCAUCCUUCGCGCCGCUGUUUGCACCUCUGUUUCUACACAUCGCCGUGUUUCUAGGACAAUUUUUUAA